UAGUUCAUAGCUCCAAAUUAAAGGUAAGCUGCUUAAAAAUCCAGACAGUAUACUCAGAUUUCGAUCGAGUAUGGCAUCAUCAUCAUCAUCUUCCUCGUAUGCUCGCAUGACAUACGAUGUUUUCUUGAGUUUUAGGGGUGAAACACGAGGAUCAUUUUCCGAUCAUCUCUAUGCGAAUUUGAGGCGGGUUGGAGUUAACACUUUUCGGGAUGACGAAUCGAUUCGGAGAGGCGAGAAUAUUUCUGUUGAGUUGUCUAGGGCCAUAGAGGAGUCGAGGAUAUCCAUCAUUGUGUUCUCCAAAGACUAUGCUGGAUCCCGAUGGUGUCUAGAUGAGCUUGUGAAGAUCAUGGAAUGUAAACAGAAGUUGAAUCAAAUUAUUUUUCCCAUAUUCUACAAUGUUGAUCCUUCCGAGGUACGCAAACAAACAAGAACUUUUGGUGAUGCAUUGACUCUACACAUACAACAAUUUGGAGACCAAAAAGUUAAUGAGUGGAAAGAUGUACUCACUGCAGCUGCUAACUUGUCCGGAUGGGAUUUGCAAACCAUGUCAAAUGGGUAUGAGUCAAAGUUCAUUGAGGUGAUUACUGAAGAAGUGCUGCGGGUGUUGAAUUUUAUGCCCAUGAAUGUUGCAAAGCAUCCCGUUGGAAUUGAUUCUCUUGUUGGAGAUGUACUUCAUUUAUUACAAAUGCAAACAAAUGAUAGUGUUCGGAUGAUGGGAAUUGUUGGCAUGGGUGGUAUUGGAAAAUCAACCCUUGCUAAAGCCAUAUAUAAUCACUUGAUCAUGAGUUUUCAAGGGUUUGAAGGUAGUUGCUUUGUUGCAAAUAUUAGACAAGAAGUUUCUAAUAAGGGACACAAUGGUCUAGUUGGUUUACAAGAGAAACUUCUUCACAAAACACUCAAGACAAAGAAUUUUGAAAUUGAUAAUGUUGAUGAAGGAAUAAGUUUGAUCAAAGCAAGGCUUCAAUCCAAAAGGGUUCUUAUUGUUCUUGAUGACAUAGACCACUUAAGUCAAUUAGAAUCAUUAGCAGGUCAACGAAAUUGGUUUGGUUCAGGUAGUACAAUUAUAAUAACAACUAGAGAUUUUCACUUGUUGAGUGAGCUUGGAACACAAGAGAAGUACAAGGUUAAAACAUUAAGCAUUGAUGAUUCUUUGCAACUAUUAAGUUGGCAUGCUUUUGGUGUUCCUAUAGCAUUAGAGGAGUAUACCGAACUAUCUAAAAUGAUAGCAAGUUAUACUGGGGGACUUCCAUUAGCACUUACCAUCAUAGGUUCUCAUUUGCGUGGAAGAUCAGUGCAAGAGUGGAUCGAAGAUGUUGAGAAAUUAAGAAAGAAUCCUCAUGACGAUAUUCAAACAAUUCUUGAAAUAAGCUAUGAUGCACUUGAUGGUGAUACUAAAAACAUCUUUCUUGAUAUUGCUUGUUUUUUUGUUGGACAUAACAAAAAAAACACUGCUAUGAUAUUGGAAGCUUGUGGUUUUCAUGUUGAAAGUGGAAUAAGAAAUUUGAUAGAAAGAUGUUUGUUAACAAUAGAUGGCCGGGGACAUGAAGAAUUUAAAAGGCUUGAGAUGCAUGAUUUAGUGCAGGGUAUGGGAAGAGAAAUUGUUCGAAAGGAAUCUCCAAGAAAUCCUGGCAAACGAAGCAGAUUGGUGGACCCAAUUGAUAUUUUUGAUGUUCUACAAGAUAACAAGGGCACAGAAACAAUUGAAGGGAUGAUUGUAAAUUCUAAUAUGUUAAAGAAUGUGGUUUUGAGUACGGAAGUAUUCACAAGGAUGGUAAAUUUACGAAUACUCAUAUUAGAUGGUGUGGUUCUUAGAGGAUCUUUUAAAUAUUUCUCCAAUGAGCUUAGACUUUUUAGGUUGCGUAACUGUCAAUUGAUGAGUCAUAUUCAAUCGGAUUUUCCUUGUGCGAGACUUGUUGAGUUAGACUUGAGCAAGAGUAAUAUCGAAGAAUUUCAACCCAAUAUGCAGCAUUUUGUACGUUUGAGGAUGUUAAAGCUCGGUUGUUGUAAACAACUUAAGAGUACACCAGACUUUACUGGGGCACAAAGUCUUCAGGAAAUAUCCUUCUUUGGUUGUUUAAAUUUGGCGAAUGUGCACUCAUCAAUUGGAAGUUUGGAAAAGCUUGUUAGGUUAAAUUUGAGUAAAUGCAAGAAAUUGAAGGUGCUUCCAACUAGCAUUUGCAAGUUAAAAUCUCUUGAGGAGUUAUUUUUAAUUGGUUGCAAGAAUCUGAGGGAGCUUCCAAUUGACAUUGGAAAAUUAGAGCAACUAAGACAAUUACAUGCUAGAGAGACUGGUAUCUCACAUUUACCCUUUUCUUUGGGAUGUUUGAGAAACCUAAUUUUCCUGCAGCUGGGAAAUCGUGUGGGUUCAGUAGCUGUUGAUUUUUUCCCAUCUUCAGCUGUGAAUUUAUGCUCAUUGCACAUUCUGAGUGUGAAUUUCAACAAAUUGCAGCAAGUAGUUAUAAAUUUUCCAAUUGCUCUUUGGAGUUUGACUUCAUUGACACAUCUAAUGUUAGAAGGAAUUCGGUAUCUUGAAAGCCCAUUGUUGGACCUUUCUCAUCUCUCCAAUUUGAAACUGCUCUACCUCAAGGAUUUGCAAAAUCUUAGAGCACUUUUAAAACUUCCACCUUGUUUGAUAAGGUUUCAGGUAGUAAAUUGUGAGUCAUUAGAAAAAAUACCAGAUAUAUCAAACUUGAGAAGUCUUGAAGUGUUGAAUAUUGUGGAGUGCAAAAGUUUGAUUGAGUUUUCAGACUUAGAGAGUCUUAAAUACUUAACAUCACCUGCGAUAGGACAGCGCAAUGCUAUGCAUGAAUGCUUACAAAUCUCUCUUGGAAGUUUGACCUCUUUGGAAUUUUUAGAUUUAUCUGGGAGAAGUUGUUGUCAUCUUCAAAGCUUACCCUUCAACCUUUCUCAUCUUUCUAAUUUGAUUAGUCUCUCUUUGGAUGAUUGGCAAAAUCUAAGAGCAUUGCUACAACUUCCUCUUAGUUUGUCGAUACUCUCUGUAAAAAAUUGUGUGUCAUUGGAAAAAAUAGCAAACUUGGAAAGUCUGCAAAGUUUGUAUAUUCCCAAUUGUAAAAGUUUGGUUGAGCUUCCAGGAUUGGAGAGUCUCACAUAUGUUGACAUAAGAAAUUGCAAUGCUUUGAGGAUUCCUUCCAUUGAAAAUUGGUUCCAGGCACGUUGUGAAGGUAAUACUGUCCAAAUUUCGCUUGAAGUCGACAGAUAUGAUGUACAUUGCAGUAUUCCAACACUUUCGUGGGAUAAAUCAUCCCUUCAAAUCAGGAAGAAUAGGGUUUUUGAUGGUAAUGUUGAGUUUGAUGGUAAUGUUGAGUUUGAUGGAGUUGGUGUUAGUGUGAGAAGCAAAACCACUGGUGCUUGGAUCGUAGUAAAGGAACCUCCGGAAUAUAUUAACUUUAAACGGUUUGAAAAAAAUAAAUUUGAGGUGGGAACAAGGAUUGGAGAAGUAUUGGAGGUGUAUGCUGAUUUGUAUCUUCUGCAGAUGGAGAAGAUGCAGCUUUGUUUAUUUGAAAUACAUAGAAACGAAGAUGGAGAAGUGCGUUUCUUUCCAUCCACAAGAGACUUGGAAGAAAUUGAUGAUGGAACAACAGGCGAUGGAUGUUUGGGUAGUACACGUCAAAAUGAAAAUAGAUUAAUGAUAGAAGAAGAGCAGAAUGGUUGGAGCAGGAGAAGAUGUUACAGCAGCAGCAGCAUUCUUUGGGAGUUUAUCCGUAAGUGUUUUUGUUGGGAUGAACAAGGAAGAUGAACAUUAGUACGUACACCUACUUUGAGGAUUCCUUCAAUUCGAUCAAUUAUAUUGAAAAGCACGCAGGUUCUGAAGAUGAUAGUUUCCAGAUUUUGCUUCAGCUUGGGCUAUACUACAAUUUUCCAAUAGCUUUGGGAUGAUGUGUGUUUGAAAUACAUAGGAACAAACAAAGCUUUCCAUCCAUCUUCAUGAACCCCA